AUGGCCACGACCAUCUCCUCGCAGGGAGCCGGCAACGGAGGUGCCCACUCGCAGCACUCGCUUCCUUCGUUACCGGCUCAUCUCCAGUCCGACACCCACAUCACGGGGCACCUGGCCAGUCGCUUCCAUGUGUCCCAACCAACUGCUAACCUGUCCUCUCACGGCCUCGUUUGCCUCAACACCUACACAUCCUCCACCAAGGGUUCCGAUGGCGGCAAGGUGGGAAGCGCCCAGGCCGGCGCCGAGGACAUGGCCAAUCGUGCCUGGCAAAGGCUGGGCCAUCGAUCGGAGAGCCAAGCCAUUGUCUUCCUCGGUGAAUCCGGAUCUGGCAAGUCGACGGUGCGCCACCACUUCCUGGCCGCCCUUCUGAACAAAUCAUCUACCCCCUUGGCGACAAAGCUCUCGUUGGCCGCCUAUGUCUUUGAUACCCUCACAACGACCAAGACGGCAACGACGCCGACGGCAUCCAAGUCGGGCCUCUUCUACGAGCUGCAAUACGACACCACAGGCAGCACCAACCCCGUCCUGAUUGGUGGCAAGCUGCUCGAUCACAGACUCGAGCGAAGCCGAAUAACAGAUGUCCCCUCCGGAGAACGAAAUUUCCAUGCCCUCUACUACCUGCUGGCGGGCACCAGCGAGGCCGAGAAGGCUCAUCUGGGCCUGGACGCCUCGAAGAGGUGGAAGUACUUGGGCCAUCCGACCCAGCUCAAGAUAGGCAUCAACGAUGCCGAAGGCUUCCAGCUCUUCAAGAAUGCACUCAGGAAGCUCGAGUUUCCCAGGGCCGACAUUGCCGAGAUCUGCCAAGUCUUGGCCAGCAUCCUUCACAUCGGCCAACUCGAGUUCGAGACCACCAGCAACACCAGCGCGACUGCCGAUGACAGUGGUGGCUUUUCUCACGAAGGCGGCACCGUGACGACGACCGUCAAGAACAAAGAUGUGCUCGCCAUCAUCGCCGCCUUCCUUGGCGUGAGCACCGGCGAUCUCCAGACCACACUGGGCUACAAAACCAAGACGCUUCAGAAGGAGCGCGUCACGGUCAUGCUCGAUCCCAACGGCGCCCGAGCCCAUGCCAACGAGCUGGCCCGCACCCUCUACUCUCUCCUCGUCGCCUGGAUCAUAGAGAACGCCAACCAGCGAAUCUGCGCUCUCGAAGAUGGCGUCGCCAACACGAUUUCCCUCGUCGAUUUCCCUGGCUUUGCGCAGCAAUCCUCGACAAAAUCCGCCCUGGAUCAGCUGCUGAACAACGCGGCGACGGAAGCCAUCUACAACAUGACGCUCCGAAACUUCUUCGACCGCAAGGCCGACAUGCUCGAAUCCGAGGAGAUUCGUGUCGCGCCCACCAGUUACUUCGACAACUCCGAUGCCGUCAAGGGCCUUCUUAAACCCGGAAAUGGUCUCCUUAGCAUCCUCGACGAUCAGACGCGCCGCAGCAGAACGGACAUGCAGCUCUUGGACAGCCUUCGGAAGCGAUUCGAGGGCAAGAACCCCGCCAUCGAGGUCAGCUCUGCGACGGCCAAGCUGCCUGGCAGCAACUUCCUGACCGAAAACACGACGGCCUCCUUCACGGUCAAGCAUUUCGCGGGCGAGGUCGAUUACCCCGUCAAGGGCUUGAUCGAGGAGAAUGGUGAAAUCAUUUCCGUCGACCUGCUGAACAUGUUCAACUCUACCAAGAGCGAAUUCGUCGGCCGCCUCUUUGGCCAAGACGCACUUCAGACCAUCGCCCACCCAACAGAGCGGGCUGCCGUCUUGCAGGCGACAGUCAGCUCCAAGCCCAUGCGCGCCCCGAGCGUCAUGUCUCGCAAGGGCGGCCGGGCAGCGGCCGCCCAUCGACGUCAGCAGCAGGAGGCUGCGGAGCAGCUCGACCAAGCGAGCGAUACAAAGAGCUCCAAGAAUGGAGGCGGACGAGGCGUCGCCGCCGAGCAGGGCGCCUCUGGCGCCUCCGGCCAGUUCCUCGCCUCGCUCGAUAACGUGCAGAAGGCCGUGACGGACCCUGGAACCAACACCUAUUACGUCUUUUGCCUGAAGCCCAACGACCGCCGUAUCGCCAAUCAGUUUGACAGCAAAUGCGUGCGCACGCAGGUGCAGACGUUUGGCAUCGCCGAAAUCAGUCAGAGGCUGCGAUCUGCCGACUUCAGCCUGUUCCUGCCCUUCGGCGAGUUUCUCGGCAUGGCGAAUGCCGAGACCAUCAUCGUCGGCAGCGAGCGUGAGCGAGCCGAAAUGUUCAUUGACCAGAAGCGGUGGCCCGUCAACGAGGUCCAGAUCGGAGCGACGGGCGUCUUCCUGAGCGAGCGAUGCUGGAUGGAGGUUGCCCAGCUCGGGGAGAAAGGGGAACAGCGCGCUGGCCUCUCGACCGACAGCGACGGCGGCGACGGCCAAACGCCGGGCUUCCCCCAGCAUGCCUUUGGCGUCUCCAAGGAGGAGCUCCUCCUGUCCGGCGGUGGCACUCCGCUUAUGUACAGCGAGAAGGGGGGGAAGGGCUACUUUGGCGGCUCGGAUGACACUCGCUCCGAAGCCGGAGUGUCAGCCUUUGGCGGCGGCGACAUGUUCAAGAACAUGGAUACGCGGGAGCAGAUGGCCGAGCGAGGCAACGAAAAGUCGCUCGUCGAGGUCGAGGAGUUCAAGGACAGCCCUAGCCGCAAGCGAUGGGUUUUCACCGUCUACUUACUUACCUGGCUCAUCCCCGACUUUCUCAUCCGUUGGUUUGGGCGCAUGCCCCGCAAGGACGUUCGGAUGGCGUGGAGGGAGAAGUUGGCCAUCAACAUUCUCAUCUGGAUACUCUGCCUCGUUGCAGCCUUCUUCAUCAUCGGUUUCCCUAUGCUCAUCUGUCCCAAGCAGAAUGUCUUUAGCACCGAAGAGCUCAGCUCGAAAGACGGCAAGGGCGGCAGCCCGGCCUAUGCCUCUCUGCGCGGCUAUGUCAUCGACCUGGGACAAUAUGCGUCUCAUCACUACCCACCGUUUCUGGAAGCGAAGAAUCUUCUGAACUACGCGGGGAAGGACAUCAGCACCCUGUUCCCCGUGCAGGUUUCUGCCUUGUGCCAGGGGGUCAGUGGCUCUAUCGACCCGGCCGUGACGUUGGAAUACAGGAACACGAGUGAAACCUCCAACCUGCCGCUCACCGUCCGCAUCCAAGACAUCAACGCCCAGUAUCACGACUUCCGUCACUUCACCAAUGACAGCAGGCCCGACUGGUACAUCGAGCAGCUGAUGAUGCUCCGAGGUACCUGGGGUGCAGGAAAGAUUGGGUACACGCCCGAGUAUGUCGCCAAGCUCGGCUCGAAGCAGCAGCGGAUUGCCAUCAUCGGGGGCAAGGUCUACGAUAUGACGACCUACUUUUCCGGCGGCCGGAAAAUGAUAGCCAAGCCGGGCGAGAAGCCGCCGACUGACACCACUUUGACCGACUUCAUGCACCCAGAUGUCGUUUCCUUGUUCCUGUACGGCUCAGGCACCGACAUCACAAAGUCUUGGGAAGCGCUAAACCCGACCAUCAAGCCCGGGAUGCGGACGUGCCUCGACAACUUGUUCUACAUUGGGGAUGUAGACACAAGGAAUUCGACUCGCUGCCAGUUCGCGGAAUACCUAGUGCUCGGCGUCUCGAUCCUUCUCGCAUCCGUCAUCGCCUUUAAGUUCUUCGCCGCUUUGCAGUUUGGAGGUAAGAACCUUCCAGAGAACCUCGACAAGUUUGUCCUGUGCCAGAUCCCUGCGUACACGGAGGAUGAGGACUCGCUGCGCCGCGCCAUCGACUCGGCCGCCCGCAUGCGUUACGACGACAAGCGCAAGCUUCUGGUCAUUGUAUGCGACGGCAUGAUCAUCGGGCAGGGCAAUGACAGGUCGACGCCCCGCAUUGUUCUCGAUAUUCUGGGCGUCUCCGAGACUGUCGACCCUGAGGCGCUGAGCUUCGAGUCCCUGGGUGAAGGCCAGAAGCAGCACAACAUGGGCAAGGUCUACUCCGGCCUUUACGAGGUACAGGGGCACAUUGUCCCCUUCAUGGUUAUCGUCAAGGUGGGCAAGCCAACCGAGGUCGUUCGGCCCGGCAACCGCGGUAAGCGAGACUCGCAGAUGAUCAUCAUGCGCUUCCUCAACCGCGUGCACUACAAUCUCGCCAUGAGUCCUCUCGAGCUGGAGAUGUACCACCAGAUCCGCAACAUCAUCGGCGUCAACCCGACCUUCUACGAGUUCAUGUUCCAGAUCGACGCCGACACUGUCGUCGCCCCUGACUCGGCCACGCGCAUGGUCUCGGCCUUCCUUGACGACACUCGCCUGAUCGCAUGUUGCGGCGAGACGGCUCUGACGAACGCCAAGUCAUCCUUCAUCACCAUGAUCCAGGUCUACGAGUACUACAUCUCCCACAACCUGUCCAAGGCGUUCGAGAGCUUGUUCGGUUCCGUCACCUGCUUGCCCGGCUGCUUCUCCAUGUAUCGGAUCCGUGCCGCCGAGACUGGCAAGCCGCUGUUUGUCAGCCGCGAGGUGGUCGAGUCGUACGCGACAAUUCGUGUCGAUACGCUGCACAUGAAAAAUCUGCUACACCUAGGCGAAGAUCGCUACCUGACAACGCUGCUGCUGAAGUACCACUCCAAGUACAAGACCAAGUAUCUCUUCUCGGCCCAUGCUUGGACGAUUGCCCCCGACUCCUGGGCCGUCUUUCUCUCACAGCGACGUCGCUGGAUCAACUCGACGGUGCAUAAUCUGAUGGAGCUCAUCCCCAUGAACCAGCUCUGCGGUUUCUGCUGCUUCAGCAUGCGCUUCAUCGUCUUCAUUGACCUGCUCAGCACCGUCGUCCAACCCGUCACGAUCGGGUACAUUGUCUACCUCAUUGUUCUCGUCUCGACAAAGGCCACAGUUGUGCCGAUAACGGCCUUCGUUCUGCUCGGUGCCAUCUACGGUCUUCAGGCCAUCAUUUUCAUCCUUCGCCGCAAGUGGGAGAUGGUCGGCUGGAUGAUAUUGUACGUCCUGGCCAUUCCUGUCUUCAGCUUUGGCCUGCCGUUGUAUGCCUUCUGGCACAUGGACGACUUCAACUGGGGUAACACGCGAGUCGUUGCCGGCGAAAACGGCAAGAAGGUUGUCAUCACGGAUGAGGGCAAAUUCGAUCCAAGCUCGAUCCCUCGCAAGAAGUGGGAGGAGUAUCAGGCAGAGCUCUGGGAGACGCAGACGUCACGCGACGAUGCGCGCUCCGAAGUUUCGGGCUUCAGCUACGGCACCAAGGCGCACGCGCUCGUGUCCGAGUACGCCUUUCCGAGUAGGCCAAACUCCACGGCAGGUUUCGCGGCUCAACCUUCGAUGGCUCAUCUGCCGUACGACUCACGCAACGCAUCGCGCAUGUCCCUGGCCGCCUCCGACAUGGGCGCCAACCGCAUGAGCCACUUUGGUGGCUCGCAGUUCUUCAGCCCUGAAGACAUGGUAGGGCUACCUAGCGACGAUGCCCUGCUAGCCGAGAUUCGCGACAUCCUCAAGACGGCAGACUUGAUGUCGGUGACGAAGAAGGGCGUCAAGCAAGAGCUGGAGCGUCGUUUCGACGUCCCCUUGGAUGCAAAGCGUGCAUACAUCAACAGUGCCACCGAAGCUCUCCUCUCUGGCCAACUCUAA